UCUCGCGCGAAGUCGCCAUAGAGACGGGGCCGCCGCUCCCGGGGCAACACGGGGAGAGGGAACCGGGAUCACCUCAGGAACGGGGAUUAGCCCGGGAACGGGGCGCUUUCCCCAGCGCAGUUACACCUGCAUAUUUUUUUUCAAUGCUUCAUAUGAACAACUGAAAUGAGACUGAAGACUUCACUUUUAAAGGAACCAAAACAUAAAGAAUUAGUUAGCUGUGUGGGAUGGACUACAGCAGACAAGCUAUAUUCCUGCAGUGAUGAUCACCAAGUAAUGAAAUGGAACCUUUUAACAAGUGAGACUACUCAAGUAGUGAAACUUCCAGAUGAUAUUUAUCCCAUAGAUCUUCACUGGUUUCCCAGAGGUAUAGGUGGGAAGAAGCAGUCCCAGGCUGAGAGCUUUGUUCUAACAAGUUCUGAUGGAAAGUUCCACUUAAUUUCAAAUUUGGGAAGAGUAGAGAAGAGUGUAGAAGCGCACUGUGGAGCUGUACUUGCGGGAAGGUGGAAUUAUGAAGGAACGGCACUGGUUACAGUUGGUGAAGAUGGCCAAGUGAAAAUCUGGUCUAGAACUGGAAUGCUGAGAUCCACUUUAGCUCAGCAAGGAACACCAGUGUACUCAGUAGCCUGGGGGCCUGAUUCAGAAAAAGUUCUUUAUACUUCAGGGAAGCAUCUGAUUAUUAAACCUCUUCAGCCAAAUGCUGAAGUGUUGCAGUGGAAAGCCCAUGAUGGACUUAUUUUAAAAACUGACUGGAACUCAGUUAAUGAUCUUAUCAUUUCUGCAGGUGAAGAUUGUAAAUAUAAGGUUUGGGACAGUUACGGACGUCUGCUGUACAGCUCACAGCCCCAUGAAUAUCCUAUAACAUCCGUCGCCUGGGCUGCAGAUGGAGAAUUAUUUGCUGUGGGGUCUUUUCAUACCUUGCGUCUAUGUGAUAAAACUGGGUGGUCUUAUGCUUUAGAGAAGCCAAACACUGGCAGCAUAUUUAAUAUCGCUUGGUCUGUUGAUGGCACUCAGCUGGCUGGAGCGUGUGGAAAUGGACAUGUCAUUUUUGCCCAUGUUGUGGAGCAACGCUGGGAGUGGAAGAACUUUGAAAUAACAUUAAUUAAGAGGAGAACCAUGCAGGUGCACAAUGCUAUUAACGAUGCGGUAGAUUUGUUGGAAUUCCGUGACAGGGUAAUUAAAGCCUCUUUAAACUAUGGACAUUUGGUUGUUUCAACUUCUCUUCAAUGUUACGUGUUUUCUACAAAGAACUGGAAUACACCACUGAUCUUUGACCUGAAGGAAGGAACAGUUAGUUUGAUUCUACAAGCAGAAAGGCAUUUUCUUCUUGUAGAUGGUGGUGGACUUUAUUUAUAUUCAUAUGAAGGAAGAUUAAUUUCCUCUCCAAAAUUUCCAGGAAUGAGAACAGACGUUUUGAAUGCCCAGACAGUAUCUCUGAGUAAUGAUACUCUAGUAGUAAAAGACAAAGCUGAUGAAAAGGUUAUCUACAUAUUUGAAGCUUCAUCUGGAAAGCCACUAGGAGAUGGGAAGCCUCUAACCCAUAAGACAGAAAUUGUGGAGAUUGCCUUGGACCAGAAAGGACUUACAAGUGAAAGAAAAAUAGCUUUUAUUGAUAAGAACAGAGAUCUUUACAUUACUUCAGUUAAACGGUUUGGAAAAGAACAGAAGAUUGUCAAAAUAGGGGCGAUGGUUCAAACUUUGGCUUGGAACGACACAUCUAACAUUCUUUGUGGGAUUCAAGAUACCCAUUUUACAGUCUGGUACUACCCCAACACAGUCUAUGUAGACAAAGAUCUUUUGCCAAAAACUCUGUAUGAAAAAGAUGCAAGCGAAUUUAGCAAAAAUUCCCAGAUUGUACAUUUUGUAGGAAAUCAAGUCACAAUUAGAAGAGCAGAUGGCUCACUUAUUCACCUUAGCAUUUCACCUUAUCCUGCAAUUCUUCAUGAAUACGUUAGUAGUUCUAAAUGGGAUGAUGCUGUCAGAUUGUGUCGCUUUGUCAAGGCAACAGCAACAGAUGAGGAUCAAACUAUGUGGGCAUGUUUAGCUGCUAUGGCGGUUGCCAACAAAGAGAUGGCUACAGCAGAAAUCGCCUACGCAUCAAUUGGUGAGCUUGAGAAAGUUCAGUAUAUCAGUUCCAUCAAAGAUCUUCCAUCCAAAGAGUCAAGGAUGGCUCAUAUACUGCUACUCAAUGGAAACACCCAAGAAGCUGAAACCCUGCUUCUUCAAAGAGGCCUUAUUUAUCAAGCUAUUCAAGUCAACAUUAAUCUUUACAACUGGGAUAGGGCUCUAGAACUAGCAGUAAAGCACAAGACACACGUUGACACAGUCCUGGCUUAUCGACAAAAGUUCCUAGAGGAUUUCGGUAAAAAAGAAAUGAACAAAAGAUUUUUGCAGUAUGCAGAAGGUCUGGAAGUUGAUUGGAACAAAAUCAAAGCCAAAAUAGAGAUGGAAAUUGCUAAAGAAAGAGAACGAGCAGCAGCGAGUCCUGCAGUGAGAGCUAGUGUAACUGUACAGCAAUAACUGCCAUUUGGUCACCUUAAUAAGUGCUUCUGUAUAUAUUGUACUGGCAUGUUUUGGCAAAGAUAAAUAAAACCACAGCAAAUACUUUGUGGGGAACAGGAGUGAGGAUUGGUGUAGUUCUUGUUGACUGUUGGAUGAAAGGCAGAAUUAUUUAUUCACUACAGUGUCAUUUUUGAGCUGGGUUUAUGUUCUGAUUCCCUAGCUCCAGUGAGGAGCCACGUUUUAGUCCGUAGUACAUGUAUGAUAAAAAAAAGGGAAAUGAACUAUUUUUCCAUGAGUGGCUUUUAAAUUUUCUUUGCCAUUAAAAUAAUAUAGCCUUUGCUGCCUCUAAUUAAGUACCGAUUUCCCCGUUUAAGCACCUAGUUAAUUAGUUUAGUUAUUUCUACAACCUCAGGGACCUCUGUAAAGACUUGUAUAAAUUGCCCUAAACCAAAUUUAGCGAACUAGGUGUUGAAAAUUUAGAAAGGACCUUACGCCCAUAAAAUACAAAAGAAUAUUUCACUCACAGUUAUGGUAAUACAUAUUUCUGCUAGUACGUAUGUACUAGCAGGUUCUUUAAUGGACAGUUUCAGAUCACUUCAACAUUUCAGAUUUGUCACUGUAGCAAACUACUCAGCAAUAAAUGGUAUUUUCUGAGAAUGUGGAUUGUUUAAAAUAUGCAAUGUGCUUUGAAUUUUGAAGUAGCAGACAGUGUUGUUGGUUGGUUUUGUACCAUCUAGCACAUAAUUGACAAUAUUGAAGGCUUCCAUAAGGUUAAAAUAUCAUGCUCAUUUAAUACAAGGAAGAGCUUUCCACGCAUUUUUUUAUCGAAAAUAUUGGUUCUACAUUUAUGUUAUUACAUUAAGAUAUAUUUUUCUUUGAUUCAUGUAUGAAAGUGGCUGCAUACAUUAGACAGCCCUUACAGUAUAAAUACAUGAGCAGGUUAUUCAUAACUGACAUUGUAUAAUAUGUAUCUUUCAAAUGUUUCUAUUAAAAUGUUAAAUAUCUGUUUAUCUGGCAAGUUUCUUCUGGUUUGUAAGUCAUUAUAUGACACUUCGCAUAGUUCAUAAAUUUCUUAAUAAAAACAAAGAAAUAGAUGAUGCAUUAGGUGAUCUCCAUUGAUUUACCUGACUGCUAAAUAAAACAACUAUUUGGAUGUAGUUUAUUCGAAGCUCUGCAGGAUUCUGGUGUACUGACAUGUGACAAAGUGAACACCUUCACCUUCCAUUGCCUUGCAGAAAGCACUUACUAGUUCCAGAACUGAGCCCAAAAUAUCACUAAUGGCAACUGUUUAAUGUUAAAUUUAUGAAGCCUGGCUCAGAUCUCUAAUGCAAUGUAAGCGAUUUUUGAAGACCAGUCUGGUGGUGAUACAAAGUUCAGGGUCUCUGCUCAAUCUUGCUUUUUUAUUCUGGAGCCAGUUGGAAGUACAGCAGAGGCAGCAAAUUCACUCAGCUUCUUAAAAAUGCCUGCUGUAACAAUUAACCAUUGCAAAGAUGAGCUAAGAUAAUGAAUCGGGUGCUGCUUUUGCAAAGAUGCCACCUUAAACUGACUGCCCUUCAGGCUGGUGUCGAUGUCAUUCACAGCGAGUGGUACUGCAGCACGUCUCCAUGUCUUGGUAUUAAUGAGAAGUGUUGUGUUUGUAGGUGAUGGGAAAGGUUGUUCAGAUCUGAGGCCAAAGCACAGUAAAGCCCUUAAGGUAUUUAUUACUGGUCAGAUCUAUUUU